AUGGGUUAAAAAAUGUGUUUAGAUGGUCACAAAUCAGAAAUAUAUAAAUAACAUACCAGCAAUAGAGGUUUGUAGAAAAAGCCAGAAAUAUAUUAACCUGAAAGCGAAUCAUAAAAAAUAUAUAAAUAACAUACCAGCAAUAGAGGUUUGCAAAAAAAGCCAGAAAUAUCUUAAUCUGAAAGCGAAUCAUAAAAGUAUGUAGAAAAAAAUUAUAGUGGCGACAUCACAAUUUUGUUAUAUGAUAUUACAAACAUAAAUAAAAAACCUCUAAAAAUAAAGUAUUUUAGAAAUAACUUUGAUAAGGGAUUGCUUUUAAGACAAGUUCAUAUAAUAUACCCAAGCAGUUAUGUAUAUUAUUUUGAUGAAAAAAAUAAUUUUAAGUGUUUAAAUUCGGAAGAUAAAAGUGCAAAAAUUUAUGACAUAUUAUGUAACCCUGAUUUUAAAUAGCUAGGUGCAAACAAACAUCCAUGGUUAUAUAUUUCUUUAACUCCAAUCCAAAAUUAAAUAAAUUAAGAAGAUGAGAUAUUAAAAACAAUAUAAGAAUGUAGAAAUUAUGUUAAAAGCUUAUGA